ACGAGUUUAAAGGUCACUAGAUGCACACCAAUCAUACGAGUAGCUUCGUCUCUGUCACGUAACAACAGCGACGACGGAGGAGAGAUUAGUAUUGAGAAUUAUGUUUCUUUUGGGAAAACGGUGCCGAUCUUGGACGGGGAGUCAGUUUGGCCGGGAGGUCCUGAAGUGAGCGUUGUGUCCGCUGUAAACGGUUCAACCUUUAAAACUGCGCCAUGGAAUCGCUGAACGAGACAAUCGAAAGCGAUGUUGAUCAUCUGGUGGAGUCUGCAGGACUGAAAUGGUUCUUGCAGUUCUUUCGCAUAGAGCUUCUCCUAUCGUGCUUGAUUGGUCUAUGCGCUGACUGUCUAAUAGUCUACGUCAUCCUACAAUCCAAACGAAUGCUGAAGUCGCACACCAAUCUGGUCAUAUUAAAUUGGGCCAUAGUGGAUGGUGUCUUCCUUUUCUUGAUACCAUUCAACUACCGACUGUUCUCUAACAACAUCAACAAUUUUCUAUUCCAAAACAAAACGAUGGCAUGCAUGUUAACCAACUCGGACGUUUCCAUCUACUUGAUUGUCUUCAGUUUGAUCCUGCUGCUGACAGUCGACCGCGCAAUCAAGGGCAGCAACACCAAACUGCUCGUAUAUUUAAUGGCCUUCAUCUACACCACAUUCUUGUUCCUUUGGGCGGUUUCGUCCACCGUUUGCUCCAUAUUCAAUACGCACAUCAUGGGCUACGAGCAAUUGGCAUUCGUACUGAUCAUCUUAAUGCUCAUACUGAAUAUCACCGUCAAACAAAUCUGGCGUUGCUGCAGGAAACACAAAGCCAGCAAAUCGAGCGUAUUGCGACUCAACAUCGCCACCAUCUUCAUCUGUAAUUGGACCUUGAGCAUCGUCUCCAUCCUGGUGACUCACCUGACGCCCGCCGUUUUUUUGGUCAUCUUCGGCGUCGCCGGAUAUCUGAACUCCGUUUUCAUAUUAAUGUACCUCAUUAGAAACGACGUCAAUUACAAAAUAUGUUUCCUCACGUUGUUCCGAAUGAACUCGGAUCGCUACGAAGUGAGUGCAGCGAUCAGUUUCGCCGAAAGUUGCAGCGAGGAUUGCGAUUCUUCACUGAACGUCAGAUUCCUUAAUGAGGAACGCACCGAGCAGGACGUAUUCGUUGUUUAAACUCUCCUCUAACUGUAAUUUAAAUAUUUUUUUAAUACUAAUUUUAGGAAUACUUUCUAGCAACUGU